AUGGCGUUCUCGUUUUACGGUUCAUCUGUUACUGUGAUUGGCGCCAAACGAGGCAAUCAUGGUGACUAUCAAGUUACCAUGGAUGGUUCGAACUCUCCGCAGUUCAGCGGGAAGGAUAGCAAUAACCAAUUCAACGCAACCUUGUUCAGCUCCAGCAACGAAAAAUUAGGGCACCACAAUCUUACCAUCACAAACUUGGAGGACUCGUUUUUUGAUGUAGAUUAUGUCUUUUUUGACACUAGUGUUGGCACCGACAAUGAAGAGCUGAUCGUCAAUACAUAUCAAGACAACCACCCUUCAUUUACCUAUUCUCCUUCUUCUGCGUGGCAUUUGCCCAGUAAUGUGGGAUUUUUUGUGGGUGGUACGGGCCAGUGCGUAGAGGAAAUCAUCAAUCAUAAAAAUAUUUGGGAUGCCGUGGCGCUAUACGGACCUGUCGGACCAAACUCGACCAAUCUUUACUCGGUCACUGUCGACAACCAAACGUCGUCGAUCUUUAGUCCCAACAAAUUGUUUUACCGUCCACAGCAAGUUCUUUAUUUUGCAGCAGGUUUGGGCGGCGGGCAACACGUUCUGGAAAUUCAGGCAAUCGGACAGACUGGAGAGUUCGCAAUCGAUUAUGCUACGGUCUAUUCAGCGCCAUCGCUGGGAGGGAGUUUCCUCGAAAGGACCGCCAACUCAGGCCAGACUUCAACGAACCGGGUUCCACCAGGCGCGAUCGCAGGUCUUAUUUUCACCACCCUGAUCGCCGUGUUUGCAUGCAUGCUUUCCGGCUUCCUCUUGUGGCGCCAGCGCCAUACCCUGAGUCGUAAAUAUAAGAACAGCAAGGAGCCUAAACAGCCAUUUGACAUCCAAGCCAAGCCGUACGACCAGCCGUACACGAUUCCGUACCCGUCUCAUCUGCCGAAUCCACACAGCCUUUCACGCAGGAGUAGCAUGGUCUCACAGGCGUCGCAGGUGCUGACCCAGCUGACGAUUCCCGCCACCAUGUCGAAUGUGGGCACUCUCAGCAUGGCUGGUAUGACUUAUUCCGACUUUUACACCAGUGGCCGUAGGACUACCCUUCCGGAGGAACCGCUGUCAAGCACAUUGAAUACAUUCUCAGGAUCAGUUUCAAGCGGCAUGAAUGCUCGCUCUCUUCCAUAUCCUCCCGAGAAGAAUGCCAUCGCCAUGCGCAAUCCCACCAGCGCGCACCAACAGGUCUUCGACGAGCCCAAUGCACAAGGAAACUACAUGGGAAUCCGUCUUCCAGGUGACGACCCCACGUCUCCUCCUCCAAUGACAGCACCGCCGGAAUACUCUCAGCGCAUGACAAUGAAUGCUAGCGUGGCUCAAAUUGGUCAACAGAUGCUUCUUGGUGAGCCUGGCGGUCAACGACUGCAUGUGUCCAAUAUUUGA